AUGGCUACAGUCGCUACUCUGACGCCCACUGGGCCCCAGAUGUGGAACUACGGUGAAAUGACAUUGGAACGGUUUCGGGAGGUUACAUGUCGCUUUGGGAGUGAAAAUGACGCUUCGAAAAGUACUACUACAAGUAUCGUAAAACCGAAUCCACCAGAAGCGCAUAUCAGUGAAUUACCUCGAGCUUUGGGAUCUGCGAUAACACAGACCUAUCAAGAUUGUGAUAGUAGUUAUCAGUAUAGUAACCAGUACGCACCAAGAAGGAUAUUUACUAAGCUCAUAGAGCCGUGCAGAAAUGACGGUUACGAUAACGCAGAAGGUGAUUUUAUAUGUCGGGUUAACGACGUUAUUGCUAAUCCCGAAGGGUAUGGUUACGAAAUCGCCGAUCGACUCGGGCAUGGAACUUUUGGUCAAGUGCUCCGCUGCGUGACCUGCGAUAACCGCAGUUUUGCUGUGAAAAUAAUAAAGAAUAAGCCAGCGUACUUUCAACAAGCCUUGGUUGAAGUGCGAAUUCUCCAACUGUUAAAUCGAUAUUAUGACACUCGCAUAGUGAAAAUGACGGAUUAUUUUGUAUACAGAAAACAUCUAUGCAUAGUCUUCGAGCAACUGAGUAUGAACUUGUAUGACGUUUUAAAACAGAAUUCCUUCCGAGGGUUACCUAUUAAUAUGAUUAAGUCGAUUAUGGAUCAACUACUACGAGCGUUGGUCUGUUUGCAAACUCAAGGGAUUAUUCACUGCGAUUUGAAACCGGAAAACAUACUUCUUGUUACAUUUGGUCAGGAAAAUUCGACGGAAAUUAGCGAGGAAAAUCAGAUUUUGGUAAGAACUGGGCUGGGGUUUAAACUGAAAAAUAGAAGAGAAUAUGAGGAAACUACAGGAAAACGUGAAAACCCCUCGAGGAAGUACUCGCGAUACAGCACACUACGUGACAUGAUCAUGCAAGCUCCUGUUAAAGCGGGACUACCUCCGGAGCAGCUGAGCGAAGGCGUUAACACAUCCGUUAUUUGUUGA